AAGUACAUUCCCUUGCGUAGACUUGGUCACACGUGUUUGUGUGGCCACGCAAGUUGCACCACCAAGUACAGAUAGAGAGUGGCUGGUCCCCCCAAACUACUUACCCACUUAGAACAAAUUCAGAUGCUGACCUGGAUCAAUCUUCCACAAUGGAAUGCAAGUAUCUGAAUUUCCAUGGGCUGCUACUUCCAAGAAUUUCGCACUCUGAAGAGAGCAUUCAAUAUUUCGAGAAUUUUCAAGUCAACGACGACGAUGUCUUCGCCAUCACUUAUCCCAAAUCGGGCACCACGUGGAUGCAGGAGAUUCUGCCUCUGAUCCUUAAUGGAGGGGACAUUACCCCAGUCAAGACGAUUCCAAACUGGGACAGAGUUCCUUGGCUGGAGGAAACACGAGCUGCUCUAGUCAUGGAUAAAAUGACCCCGCCAAGACGGAUGGUGUCACACAUGCCUUAUGAGCUCAUGCCUCCCUCGUUCUUUUCUUCUAAAGCCAAGGCAAUAUAUGUGGCACGCAAUCCUAAAGAUGUUUUAGUCUCAUCGUUCUUUUUCCAUCAAAUGGCCACUUUCCUUGAUGAUCCUGGCACCUUCGAUGAGUUUGUAGAUACAUUUCUGGCAGGGCAAGUGCUGUUUGGGAAGUGGACUGACCAUGUGAAGAGCUGGAGAAAGGCAGAUCUGGGUGAUAGAAUUCUGUACGUCACCUAUGAGGAAAUGGUCAAGGACCUAAAAGGAGUUGUUAGGCGCUUUUCUGACUUCCUUGGUCAAAAGAUGAGCGAGGAGACUCUGGAACAGGUGGUCAGUCAUUGCAGUUUCAACACUAUGAAGACCAAUGCCAUGUCCAACUACUCACUGGUGCCACAAGAGGCGAUGGAUACCAAGAAGUCAGCUUUCCUUCGUAAAGGCAUUUCAGGGGACUGGAAAAACCAUUUCAGCCCUGAGCAGGAAGAGAAAUUCACAGCUGCCAUUAGAGAGGAGUUGAGGGGAAGUAACAUUCAGUUUCCCUGGGAUGAAGACCAACCUGUAGCUGUAUGACAAGGUCUCAGUAGAUAUUGUUUUACUCUUUUGAAUCACUGAAUGGACUGCAAGACAGUACAUAUACUUGUCAUGUGGAAG